UGGAGAGACAAGGAGCACCUUCAAAACUUGGGUGAUUGUGGGACGCAAGGAAGUACUAUAGCAAAGACAGAUCCCUCGGAUACCUUCCAUCGACAGCAGAAAAUUCCAGGGAGGAUCAAGUCACCUGCAGCCUUCACCAUGGGCAUCCACACAGAGAUUCCUUUCCUGCUGCUGCUGCUUCCAUUACUACCGUGCCUCCAUGCAGCUCCAAACCGACUUACGGAGUGUACGCCGCCCUUCACCGCUGUGGGCGGUAAGUGCAUUCAUGUCAGCUCCACAAGCCCGGGUACCUGGUAUCUUAUGAAGGACUUUUGUGAGACUCUUGGCGGCCAGCUGUUGAUCAUCAAUACGGAGGACUUUCACUACUACGUCGUCAAGUAUUUGGAGUACAACGGGUAUGCUGGCCGCAGAUACUGGGUAGGUGCAAACAACGAGCACGCUGACGGGCAGUACCACUGGUUGGACGGGAGCAAGGUCAAGAUGGGCACGCCUUUUUGGGGCACUAUAAACGGCAAGCAGGAACCAGGUGGAUCGCCGUCUGACCACUGUGCUAUCCUCUUCGAAAAGGGCUUCUAUUUCAUGCAUGAUUUAUCAUGUAACGAAACAAAUGUGUAUCCUAUCUGUGAGGCUAAAUAAGACUUUUUAUAACACACCAUCUAACUAAAGGUGAGGCGUUUCAAAUUCGCAACGUACAGGACAGGCUAGUCUUUUCUACCAGACUGUCCUCUGUCUCCUCAACAUCAGUCCCUUCUCUCUCAAGCCAUCUUUCAUGCAGACGUUAUCCCCUCCGCCUUUCUUCUUCGGUCUGCCUCGUCUUUUUCCUCUCUCUAAAUUCAAAUAUAUCAUUUUUCAAACAUCCUGUCCAUCUUUCACUUAAUUCGUCCACACCAAUUAAUUUUCUUCUAUUACACGAGUGUCUUCAAAUCACUUAUUUUGACUUUUCCCUUUGUUAAACAAUUUCUGACUAUCUGAUGGUUUGUAAUUGAAAUAAAGUCAUCUUAAUG